AUGUCCAAUCAAACACCGGAGAAUAAUAUGCCCGAAGAGGAUGAAGAAAGUUUGAGGCAAAGCACCAUCGAAGAGCUGAAAAUAGCUAAAGAAAUGGCUGCCUCUUCUUCAAAUUCAGUAAAACCACUUCCCAUAAUCAACCCACAUUUUCCUCAAAGGCUCAAAAAACGGAAUGAAGAUGACAAAUUAAAGAAAUUUUUAUCCGUGUUCAACACUCUUUCUAUAAACCUUCCUUUAGUGGAAGCAUUAUUUGAGAUGCUGGGAUACGCGAAAUUCAUGAAAGAACUGGAUCCGGGGGCAUUUACCAUCCCAUGUACCAUUGGGAUGCUUCAGUUUUCCAAAGCUUUGUGCAACUUGGGGGCGAGUAUUAACUUGAUGUUGUAUGCUGUCUUCAAGCAACUUGGGCUGGGUGAACCUAAAUCCACAACAAUACGGCUUCUUAUGGCUGACCGGUCUAUUAAACACCCUAUUAGAAUACUUUAUGAUAUCUUGGUGAAGGUGGAUAGAUUUAUCUUUCAGGCUGACUUUGUUAUUUUGGAUUGUGAGAUUGAUGUAGAUGUGUCUAUUAUUUUGGGUAGGCUAUUUUUGGCAAUCGGAAAAGCCCUAGUCGAUGUUGAAAGUGGUGAGUUAAAGUUCCGGGUAAAUGAUGAGGAGGUCACAUUCAAUGUGUGCAAAUUGAUGAAACAACCUAGUGACAUUCAUGUGGUUUCAAUAAUUUAUGUGAUUGAUGAAGUAGUGGCUAGUGUGAGUGAAAUGAUGUGUAUGGAUGAACCCCUUGCUGUUGUCUUUGCAAAUUAUGAUGAGGACGAAGUUCAAGGAUAUGAUGAAGUUGUGGCUAUUCUAUCGGGACUAGGCGGUUAUUCAAAUAACUCAAUAAAGGUUGAUAUUGAUCUGAUAAAUCGAGAGAGUCCCCCCGCUAAACAAUCCACGGAAGAACCUCCAGAACUUGAGUUGAAAGCACUCUCAUCUCAUCUUCGGUAUGUAUUUUUGGGAGCAAACAAUACCUUACCCGUCAUCAUUGCAGCAGACUUGCUUGAGUGGCAAGUGAAAUUGCUUGUUGUGGUAUUAAAGCGAUACAUCAAGGCCAUAAGAUGGACAAUUGCUGAUAUUAUAGGUAUUCCCACAAGAUUUGCACUCAUAAAAUCCAAUUGGAUAGUGAAUGCAAACCAAAUGUUGAGCAUCAAAGAAGGCUAA